AUGGCGCAGAAUAGUAAUAAUAAUGGCACUAUGACUCUUGAAAAGAAACGCAGCCUCUCCCCAGAAUCUUCUGAUGAAGUCCGCGUACUCGGCAUCGCCGAAUAUGAGCAAGCUGCCCAAUGCCUCUCUGAAGCCUUUGCGGUCGAUGAAGUAGCAAGGUAUUUCGUAGAUACGGAUGAUAUGUCCGCCUACUCCGAGGAGUACAAAUGGAAGCUUCAUUGCGAUAUCAUCCGUUAUCUCACUGCUGCCCAUUGCUACAGCGGCAUCGUCACAACUAUUGGUCCUGAUUACGACGCUGUCGCACUUUGGCUCGCACCCGGAACAAACGUCGAUAGCUUCUGGACGAUUCUCCGCAGCGGUCUUUGGAGACUCUACUACAAGCUCUCGGCCGAAGGCAAGACGCGUUUCUUCAAAGAGUUCUUCCCGCUCUUACACGACACCAAGCAGGAUGUGAUGGGUGCGCGGGACGAUGACUCCUACUAUCUCGUCUACCUGGGCAGCAAGCCUUCGGCGCGUGGCAAGGGGUAUGCGAGGAAGUUGAUCCAGCAUAUGACUUCCAAGGCAGACAUCGAGAACAAAGCUAUGUAUCUUGAAUCCAGCUCCGAGACUAACCUACCCUAUUACAAGAAAUAUGGGUUUCUUCAUAAAAUGGACAUUACGCUUGAGCGUGGCCCUAAGCCCAUCAAGUUGCACAUCAUGGUCCGCGAACCGGAGAUUGUGGCUGGGAGCUCGAAGGGUGCAGGGACGGUACAGAUUGGUGCUUUUUGA